AUGAGCCCAACCACAUUGCAACUACGUGACCAACAACCUCAUAUUGAAGGAAGUAUGAGCCCAACCACAUUGCAACUACGUGACCAACAACCUCAUAUUGAAGGAAGUAUGAGCCCAACCACAUUGCAACUACGUGACCAACAAACUCAUAUUGAAGGAAGUAUGAGCCCAACCACAUUGCAACUACGUGACCAACAACCUCAUAUUGAAGGAAGUAUGAGCCCAACCACAUUGCAACUACGUGACCAACAACCUCAUAUUGAAGGAAGUAUGAGCCCAACCACAUUGCAACUACGUGACCAACAACCUCAUAUUGAAGGAAAUAUGAGCCCAACCAUAUUGCAACUACGUGACCAACAACCUCAUAUUGAAGGAAGUAUGAGCCCAACCACAUUGCAACUACGUGACCAACAACCUCAUAUUGAAGGAAGUAUGAGCCCAACCACAUUGCAACUACGUGACCAACAACCUCAUACUGAAGGAUGUAUGAGCCCAACCACAUUGCAACUACGUGACCAACAACCUCAUAUUGAAGGAAGUAUGAGCCCAACCACAUUGCAACUACGUGACCAACAACCUGAUAUUGAAGGAAGUAUGAGCCCAACCAUAUUGCAACUACGUGACCAACAACCUCAUAUUGAAGGAAGUAUGAGCCCAACCACAUUGCAACUACGUGACCAACAACCUCAUAUUGAAGGAAGUAUGAGUCCAACCACAUUGCAACUACGUGACCAACAACCUCAUACUGAAUGA